AUGGUCGACUACAUCGCGGACUAUCUGGAGAACAUACGCGAGCGGCGCGUUUUCCCGAACGUCCAGCCGGGCUACAUGCGAACGCUGGUGCCGGAGUCGGCCCCGGUCGAGGGCGAGCCGUGGCCUUGCAUCUUCGACGACAUCGAGCGGGUCCUUAUGCCGGGCGUAACGCACUGGCAGAGCCCUCGGAUGCACGCGUACUUUCCGGCGCAGAAUUCGUACCCGUCGCUGCUCGGCGACAUGCUGGCCGACGGGAUCAAUUGCCUCGGGUUUACUUGGGCUUCGUCGCCGGCCUGCACCGAGCUGGAGAUCAUCGUGAUGAACUGGCUGGGCAAGAUGAUCGGGCUGCCGGACGACUUCCUGCACCUGACGCCGAACAGCAAGGGGGGCGGCGUGAUCCAGACGACGGCCAGCGAGGCGACGCUCGUGUCGCUGCUGGCCGGCCGCACCCAGGCGAUCCAGCGCUUUCACGACCACACGCCCGGCCUGAACGAUGCCGAAAUCAACGCCAAGCUCGUGGCGUACACGUCGGACAAUGCGCACUCCAGCGUCGAGAAGGCGGCCCUAAUCGGAUUAGUGCGGAUGCGGUUCAUCGAGCCGGACGAGCGGCUCAGCCUCCGCGGUGCCCCGUUGCAGGAGGCCAUCGAGGAGGACAUCCAGCAGGGCUUGAUACCGUUCUGG